CAGCGCUCCGCUAUUUCUUCUAGCCCUGCGAGUUUCAUCGUUGGUCCGUCCGCAUCCCUCUGUCGACAUCACUGAAUUUUCACCCCUCUUUCCCCACCUCGAAUACCCGGUAUUGUUUAAAGCUUAUUUUUAGUAAGCCCUUCGGUAUGGGGGGUGCCGGCCAGUCACAGGAACACCGGCCUUCGGGCCAUCGAACUUGAAUCUAGAAUUAUCGAAAACAUGCGGAGGCAAAGGGAAAACCCUUGCGAAUGCAGCUUCUGUCCUAUCGUGCUUAAUGUGGAGCGGGGCCUGUGGGAUCACAUCACAACCCAUCACCCGGUGAAGUGUCCUUAGGGUGAGCUUGAACUCCAGAGUUUUCGAACACAUAUGAAAGAGAUAUGCCGAAGAAAAGGUCCUGAAAAUGUACAAACAUCACCACAUAAUUCAAAUACGUUUAUCCGAUGGAGUUCUAAAGAUGCUGCUUCUUCGGAAGCCACCGGCGGACAAAGAAUGGGUAGUAAAAUGGAACCUGGAGAUCAAACAAACCCGUCAGCAUAUUCUAAGGGCGACGUCGAUGUGAAUGGGAGGGCAUUCAAAUGGCCGAUGCUUCUUCGCAGGCUCGAUUAAUAAAUAGAAAGGGGAACGGCCUCAACUUGGCUCCGGAUGGCGGCCCACCAACACCUACACAUAAUUGCCGAGGAUGCUCCUAGAUCCUGAUUUUGAUCGAUCACGCUUUGUGAUGAAGCCGUACCCGUAUAGGGAUAACGAGCCGGGAGUGGCUACUAGAGCAACCGCAUCCCGCCGUUUGUUCGACCCGGGGAAGGCACUAGUCCUUUAUACCUCGCCCUCAUUAAGAAAGGUAGCUGCGCUCUCAGACAUUUUCUCUUAACCGCGAAGGCGGGUAGAGGAUGAUCUUAGAGAACCUUGCACAGCAAUCCCAGCAGAUAGUCACCACGAGGGUGCAAGAUACGACCACCGCAAUUCCACGGGGGCUCAACGCCUGAAGAUAAUGAAACACGAUUGGUUAGACAGCCACAGACUUGACCAAUCAACCCGGAGCAGCUCAUUGCUGAAGUAAAGGGGAUAUAUGCCGGUUUAGUCAUGGUUGAGGCAAAAUGUGCUCAGGUGGAUGCUAAGCAAGCUGCCGCAACUUGUGGUGAUGGCCAAACACAACCUCGUCUGAACGAUGAACAGUGGCAAGCAUUGGUUGCUUUAUAUCGCACCCUGCCGCAUGAGCACCACGAUUUCUUUUUGGCCUCGCAACACCCGAGCGCUAGCCCCCCCCUACGGCGAUUGGCUGACAAGUACGCAAUGCCGGCUCGGAUGUGGAGGCAUGGGAUAUGCGGCUUUCUGAAAUUGCUCCGAUAUAGAUAA